CCGCGCGACUGAAUCGAACGUCAGAGCUGUGCCGGAGUCAGCCUGGAGCUCUAUCAAUAAACGUCUGGCGUCUAAUACCCGCACAGCAUUGGACAGGACACGCGUGUCCCACCCGACAAGCGCCAUGAACCCACGCAUAGAAGAAGUUAGCGAGAGUGACUCAGAUCCGUCAGAGAUGGAUGUUGAAGAAUUCAACUCCCUGAUUGAAGCACGGAAUAUUCCCGCUUCUGGCCCCGCGCUGUCUCCCAUGCCCGCACACCUGCUGCAGCCACAGUCGCCCUCUAUCAAAACCUCCACAGACCGCGAGAGCUCCAAGCACUACCAAUGCAUAUACCCCAUAUACUUCGACAAGGCACGGACGAGGGCAGAGGGUCGUCGAGUAGGACAGGAGCUCGCAGUGGAGAACCCGCUGGCUCGGGAGAUGGCCGAUGCCGCUGCGAAUCUGGGACUGCGUACAGUAUUCGAGCCUGACAAGACCCACCCCAAAAAUUGGGAGAACCCAGGAAGGGUGCGUGUUCUGCUAAAGCAGGAUGGCAAGCUCAUGGAUGUGACCAUUAAGAACAAGCACCAUCUCUACGUCCACAUUGCAAAAUACCUCCAAGCGAACCCAACGCAAAAGACAACACCCUUUAGGCUCCCAAUAGCGGGCGUACCCAUGCCAAAGGAGAUGCCCGAGCCUGCGAUUCCUAAGGGCUGGAAGAUGAGCAAAAUUCUCCCCCUCCAUUCGCCUGCUCUGACCGGUGGCGGGGUGUCCGAUGAUAUUUUCCAGGACAUGAUGGCACAGAUGCAAGGAGAAGCGGCAGGAAGCGGCGCAAGCAGCGGCACAGAGAACAAGAAGAAGAUCAAGGACAAGAAGAAGAAAUGAGGCAAUGCGGCGAAGGUGCCCGCUCUCAGCACGCCAGUAAGAAACCUAUGACGCGAAAGUCAGCAUACGACAUGCGUGAUGUCCAGCCGCGCCGCAUAGUCGCAGUGCUAGGGCUUGGCAGUCUACGAAUAGUCGCACAGCCGCGCGCCUAAUGGUUUGCGGGGUGACCGAAAGCGGUGCCACUCCAUGUAUAUCGAAUCAACACAUUUAAGACA